AUGACUGUAGAUAGAGUGCAUAAGCUGCAUGGUCAAUGCUAUGACAGCAGCGGAGAUCCUGACGUGAGGGUCACCGCGAUGCUGGAGCUGGGAGCCCCCCUGGAGAUGAUUCAGCUUCUGCAGACCCCCUGGGAGGAGAGAUUUAAAAUUUGCCUGAGUCUUGUGAAACUGCUGUUUUACUUGGCACAUUCCCCUCUGGGUUCAAUAGUCCUCUUGGAUUUCCAGCCGAGGCAGUUUGUUAUGGUGGAUGGAAACCUAAAAGUGACAGACAUGGAUGAUGCCAGCACUGAGGAACUGUCAUGCAAGGAAGAUAAUGACUGCACACUCGAAUUCCCUACAAAAAGCUUUCCUCUCAAAUGCUCCGCAGUUGGGAAAUGUGAAGGAAUAAAUGAAAAGAAGAAUCUUUUCAAUGCAUAUCGAUAUUUUUUCACCUAUCUUCUGCCAUACUCUGCACCUCCACCUUUGCAGCCCUUUUUGAGUGAUAUUCUGAAUGCAACAGGUGAUUUACGAUAUGGUAUAAAUGAAACCCUGAAAGCUUUUGAAAAGGUUUUACAUCUGUACAAGUCUGGGCUCUAUCUACAGAAAAGACCUCUUCUUUUAAAAGAAUAUAUCUCCUUGAAGGGCUUCCGUACAGUGGAAGCAGAGGACUAUAAGUGCUGGCCCUCCUACAGCCACCUGGGAUGCCUGCUCUCCGUCCACAGCGCCGAGGAAGCCGCCGCGAUCUGCAACUCCCAAUCCCAGUGUCAAAGUUUCAUCGUCACCCAGCAGAGGACAUGGACAGGACGCCCACUUGCCUCAUUUCAGAGCAGCCCGACUGAUUUAAUACCGGAUGUUAAUGCCGUAGUCUAUAUAAAACGAUCAGCUUCCUCAGGCGAAAGACUUUAAAGACAAUGAGAUCACAUAAAAGGAUCCUGGGAGGAACAAACCAUUGGGGAGAAUUUCAGCUACUGAAAAGAAUGACAUAUUUUAUUUUGCUUUAGAAUGCAAACUCCCUGCCAGCUGAGAUUGAGUCAAAUGCUGCUGCCUCUUGAUCAAAGCUCAGAUUUCUCCUUGCAGAAUGCUCCCUUCUCCACCGCCCUGCUAGCUUGUUCCUCUGUUCCCACACUCUGCUGUUCUUCAUAAACGCGCUCAGUUUUAGUCAAAUGGUGCUAGAAUGUGCAAUACCCAGCCUUGCUGCUUCAGUAACCAGCUUGCGAGCCAAGAAAUAGGAAUAGCCGCAAGGGACCCGCUGGAGCAGGCCUAGAUAGUUCAGCAGUCUCGGAAAGCCC